AACAAGUGAUAGGUAGAAGUGUCAGCGUGUUGAAUUAGUUUAACUCUACGGGUAGGAUUUUUGUUUUAAUUUAAUUUAAUUUACGUUUAUCUAUCCUUCUUGUCGUUUAAGUCGAAAUGGGGAUGAGCAUCAAAACACUCUGGCCUUGGAUAUUUCUAGUUAUGACAUCUACGACAGUUUUAAGUGAGCUAACAGUCACAAAACUCUCUUCAAAACGAGAAGAAAUGAAUCUUAUGAAAAAUCUCCUCAGCGUUUUGGAACAACAUAUGAGAGACCAAUCCGUCAAAAUGGAAAUCAUUGGGGGAGAACUUCAUGCAACAAAUGAAAAAAAUAUCGAAUGACAAAAAUAAACAACUACACGAAACUAUUUUAAAGCUUGAAGUAAAUCAACAGUUCUUCAAGGAAAAACUAAGUGAACUUGAAGGUGAAAGAACAGAAAUCACAAGUAAUAUAACAAGUAUAACAGUCGAAAACGAAAUGCAAAAUACAACCAUUUUACAACAAGAAGUAAAACAGCAGUCGUUGGAGGGAAAAUUGACCGAUCUUGAAGCUAAAUACAUGCAAAGCGUAAAUAACAUAACAAGUAUUGGAUUGCAAUACGAAAGACGGGAUGCAACCAUUUCAAAAUUUGAGGUAAAGCAACAAUCCUUGGAGAAAAAAUUGAAUAAUCUUGAAAACAAAAUGGUCCAAUGUACCAGUAUGAUUUCAAAAAUAGAGAAGAAACAAAAUCUUCAACACAGUACCUUGCAGCGCUAUCAAACAAAGCUGGAGAUACUUGAAAAAAAAAAAACUGAAAACAUCGCUUUUACCGCUCAAACAUUCUACAAGAAAGCUAUUAGUGACAUAAAGAAGCAUAAAAAAAAAUUUCGGACAUAUAAUCUCAAAUCAAGGAAAUGCUUAUGACCAAAACACCGGGGUAUUUCAGUGUCCAAAGAAUGGAAUAUAUGUAUUUUUCUAUAAUAUCUUCGCUGAGAAGGACAAGUUUGCUUUGAUUAAGUUGACCAAGAAUGGCUCUACUUAUCAAGCUAUUACAUUCUCUAGGAACGAAGAAAAUGGCAGCUCUUUUGUAGUAUUAUCUUUGGUAAAAGGAGACAAGGUCUGGCUUAGGGCAAGUAAAGAUUGCUCGACUGGGGAAGUGUUGAAACACCAAGCAAAUACAUUUUCUGGGCUUCUUUUGCAUGCCCUUUAGAUUAGGUAGCAAGUAAUGUUUUUUUAAAUUUCAACUUUUAUUUUUCGAAUGAAUGGUGUUAUACGUA